AUGUCGUCGGCAGAGCGAGCCUCGCCUGCAGAAACCGACGAAAUGAACGAGUCAUUCUUCGCCAAAAGAGGCUGCUGUUCAUGGAUUCCGUGCGUGGGACGAUCAGAGCGAGCCUCCUCCGCCGUCGGAUCGUCGUGGUGGGAGCGCAUACGGACGGCGGAGAUGAACGACGACGACAAGUGGUGGGUCCGGAGUUGGAGAAACUUCCGGGAGUGGUCCGAGAUCGUCGCCGGCCCGAAGUGGAAGACCUUCAUUCGCCGGUUCAACAAGAACCGGUUCAACAGGACGAAAUUCCAAUACGACCCCUUGAGUUACGCGCUGAAUUUCGACGAGGGUCCGGGGCAGAACGGUCAUUUGGAUGAGGAUUACUUGGGCCGCGAUUUCUCGUGCCGUUUCGCUUCCAUUCCGGCCUCCGCUAAAUCGUCUAUGGAUUUCGGAAAAGACGCGCCGGUAUUCAAGUGA